GAUAAGGCUGCGGGAGGGGGCGCCGUCGCCGGCCGCAGGCUGAGCGCCGCGGGCCCCGCUUCCGUCUCCUGCCGGGCCUCCGCCUGACGCCUUCUCGCCUGCAGCCCGGAGGAGGCCGGCCUGACGCCCGCCGAGUUGCCAUGGCAUCCUACUACGAGAUUCUAGACGUGCCGCGGAGUGCGUCCGCUGACGACAUCAAGAAGGCGUACCGGCGGAAGGCUCUACAGUGGCACCCAGACAAGAACCCGGACAAUAAGGAGUUUGCUGAGAAGAAGUUUAAGGAGGUGGCUGAAGCCUACGAAGUGCUCUCUGACAAGCACAAGCGGGAGAUCUACGACCGCUAUGGCCGGGAAGGGCUGGCGGGGGCAGGAACCGGCCCGGCGCGGGCAGAGGCUGGCGCCGGAGGACCUGGCUUCGGCUUCACCUUCCGCAGCCCCGAGGAGGUCUUCCGGGAGUUCUUCGGGAGCGGAGACCCUUUUGCCGAGCUCUUUGAUGACCUGGGCCCCUUUGCGGAGCUUCAGAGCCGGGGUUCCCGACACUCCGGCCCCUUCUUUACCUUCUCCUCCUCCUUCCCUGGGCACUCUGAUUUCUCCUCCUCAUCUUUCUCCUUCAGUCCCGGAGCGGGCGCUUUCCGCUCGGUUUCCACGUCUACCACCUUUGUGCAAGGACGCCGCAUCACGACCCGCAGAAUCAUGGAGAACGGGCAGGAGCGAGUGGAAGUGGAGGAGGACGGGCAACUGAAGUCGGUCACGAUCAACGGUGUCCCCGAUGACCUGGCACUGGGCUUGGAGCUGAGCCGCCGGGAGCAGCAACAGUCCGUCCCCUCCAGGGCCGGGGGCCUGCACGUGCGGCAGACGCCUGCCUCCCGCCCCUCCGACAGUGACCUCUCUGAAGAUGAUGAGGACUUGCAGCUUGCCAUGGCCUAUAGCCUGUCUGAGAUGGAGGCAGCUGGGAAGAAACCGGCAGAUGUGUUCUGAGCUGGAUGUCCGGGAGCCAGAGUCGCUGCACAGUUCCAACAGGACAGCGCCCUCCCCCAUGUGCUGGGAGGGGACACUCCAUUCCUCUCCCUCGCCCAUGCUGAGUGUAGAGUUGGGGCCUGGGUAGCGGGUGGGCACCGGGAGGAGGCGUCAGUAGUCUAUUUUAGCCUUGUGAACUCUGUUUCCUGGGUGUUAGCUGCUGUCUCUUGGGGACUACAAGUCCCAGAAUGCAACGUGCCCGGCCUCAUUUCUGAUAAAUCACGCUUGGGGGAAGCGGUGUGUGUUUGUGUGUGGAUAUGGAGCUGUGCAUCUCGGGACGUGUAGUUCCAGCCCCAGCCAGCCCGUCGCUGGCUGUGAAAGGGGGAGAUCUUGUCUUUUGAUUUGCCCCCCGGCAGGGGUGGCAAGAACGUGGAUGAACGGGGAAUGACGCCAGCAUCAGUUCCCCCGACACCUCUUGCUCAGCUCCGGGGUUGGAGUCGGGGUAAAGUUGGGCCCUCCAGCCUCUGGGAGAGGUUCUUGUCCUGUGAGUGGCCUGGGGCCCGAGGAACAAGCCAGGGCAAGCAGCGGGACUGGGCUUGCAGGCCUGGGCCCGGGAGUUGAUGGGCGCGGGCUGGCAGAGCCGGGAAGGGAAGCUGUCCCCAUGGGUGUGUGUGGCCGGGGGGGCCUGUGAUGGGAGCUCCGGGCAUGCUGCUGCUUGUAUGGCUUUCUUUGGCCUCUGACCCUGCUGCCCAUUCUUUUCUCUCCAACAUCACAGCAAAGCCGCCUCUCCUCCUCCCUGCCUGGAGUGCCCAGUGGCUGGGGAGGGCGGGGGUGGGGACCUGGGCUGCCACCAACCCUUGUGACCUUGAGCCUCAGAGACCUAUCAAAGCCAGCUGGGCUGAGCUCAGACACAGAGGGAGACACUGGAAAUCAAUAAAGUUGAGUUUUGACAGCU